UUAUUAUAUCAAAGACACUAUAUAUUUUUAAGAUCUUAUAUCUUUCACACUUUUAUAUGAAUAUAGCAAUUAUGAUUUUUAGUGCUUUAAAAAAAUGUGAUUUUAUUUUGUUAUAUUAUUCGAAUGAUAUAAACGUAACCUUUUCCAGGCGUUAAAGUCUCAAAAUUAAUUGGUAACUUUGAGGUUUUGUAAUGUAAUGGAUGUUUUUAAAAACCGACAAAGAUACAAACAUUAUACAUGUCUCUGUUUUUCAGUAAUGGGACAGAGAAGAUUUAGAGUUUCGAUGGGUGUCCUUAUUGCUCCGAAAACAGGAGAUGCAUCAAUUAAGAUUAUACCACAAAUGAAGAAACAUACUACCAGUUCUGAUGAAUCUUCUAAGAGUUUUAUUUCUACAAUAUCAAAAAGACAUGCUAUUAAACAAAAUGCUUUGAUUAUUGAAUCGAAUUACAACUCCAUUAACAGUAUGAAUAAAGAUUCACAUAAUCAUUCAGUAACAGAAAAUAUAAUUUCUGAUGAAAUGAGCAAUUCUACGAUUCAUGAUAGCUGUCAGUUUCCUUAUUAUAGGAGUAAUAAAAGUAAUGGAUGUCCAGAUGCAGUUUUGGUAAAAGAUAUAGGUGUAUCGUGUAUGCUUUUAAAUCAAAAUACUUCUGAAAUAUCUCCUGAAACAAAAACUAUUGUUAAGCAUCUUAAAAAAGAAUACAAUGAUUUGUCUAACAUUACAAGUAAAAUAACUACAUAUACAAAAGACAUAUUAAGUCAUUUAUCAAAAAAAAAUCAAAAAAAGCAGCAAUUUCUUAAAAAUUUGGUAUCUUCAAAACAUGCAAUGGCAUCUCAGUAUAUAGAUACUGAAGGUAAUCUCUGUUUAAAAUUAAGACUUUUUAGUAAUGCUGAAACUCAAUGUAUUACUCAGCAAGAUGUUAAGAAUUUCAAUAAUAUAUUAUGCAAAGAUGGAUAUAAUAUUAAGAAAUUGUGUAGUAAACAUUCUCAAAUUUCAAGUAAUGAAAGUAUAAAAGUUAAUAGUAUGAAAAAAAAUUCAAAAUAUGAAAAAAAUAUUCAAACAUUAAUUCCAUGUCAAGAAAACGAAACAAAUACUUCAACUUCAACAUCACCUAGUGCAUCUUCAGUAUUUAAUUACUUAAUAUUAAGUAAAAAAAGAACAUCAAAUGAAUUUUUAAAUUCUAAAUCUAACAAAUUUGGUGAUAUGCACAAACAUACACAUCUUAAAUUCAUUGAUAAAGAUGGCAAAGAUCAUUUAAAAAUACGUAAUCCAAUAUUAUUUACUAAUUGGAAAGAAAUUUCAAAAUCAAAAUCCAAAAAUAAAACUUUUUUCAGUGAAUCACAACAAACGACUAAUACAAAAAAUAAAAUUUUACAAGGAGAUAAUACGAUCAACAAUUUAUCUAAUACCAAGUUUCAUACAGUUAAUAUACGUAUUAUAAAAAAAGUAAAAAAAUGUAUAAUUUUUAUAUUUUUUAUGUUUUGAUAUAUUCAUAUAAUAAAUAUUUUUAUAUUACUAUUAAA